AACGCUCGCCGUUCCGAGGGCGGUUUAAAUAGCGGAAGUGACGCGGCUUUGAAGGAACCGUUGGAGUUUGUUGACAGGAGUCGAUGAAACAGAAGCGUCUCGAGAAGUGAGAGUUGAUUCUGUCACACAGCACGGCUCUGUGUGUGAAGAGAUGAGGGGAAGAGUUAGUGUGAGGCUCAGUCCCAAUGAGGAGGCGCAGCUGGAGAGAGAGGAGCUGCACCGGAGGAGGAAGCUUCGCCUGCAGCAGGUGCGCGAGCAGGAGCGCUUCAUCGCUCGGCAGGUGCGCACACAGGUGCAGGAGCGCAGACAGCAGCAGCUGCAGUCCCUCGCAGACUCUCUACAGCUCCAGUGGCAGCAGCAGCAGAUGCUCAGACUACAGGCUUUAUCCACACACUACCAGCACAGCCUGGGAUCUGUGGGACACGGACACCGCAGCGCUCAGGAGAACGAGCCGGAUCUGCAGGCGCGGGCUCAGAGGACUGUGGAGAGGCAGGAGCGUGCGGAGGAGAGACAUCGGGAGGCUCUGAGAGAGCUCAGCACAUGCAGACAUCAGGAAGAGCAGCAGCAGCGCCGGCAGGCUGAAGCACGGAGGAAGGCUCUGCUGGAGGAGAAGAGGAGAGCGGAGAGAGUGGCCAGUCUUCCUCCUCCUCCUCCAAACCCAGUGGAGAGCAUCGAGACGAAGACCCGUCCGCUGAGGUCAGCCGCAGCAGAGCGCUUCUCUCUCACACACUGUCACAUGACCCAGACCGCUGUGGAGCGAGAGACGGACCCCGAGCCGCAGCCGAGCGCUCGUCAGGCCGCGGCGCAGGAGAUCCAGCGUCUGGAGGAGCUGAGGCGACAGGAAGCUCGUGACACACAGGAGCGGCUGGAGAAAGCUCGUCUGAGAGGAAACCACGCGCUGAGGACAGAGCAGCACACACAGGAGCGUGAGCGUCUGCUCUGUGAGCUGGAGCGUCUGCAGCAGGCUGAUCUGAUGCGCCGCAGACAGACGGUGAACAGUGUCCCAGCGCAGAUCUUCCAGCCUCUCUACAGACAGCAGGAGCUGCAGGACGAGCAUCAGCGGGAGCUGGAGAUGGUGUUCCAGGACGUGUGCACGGAGGAGCGCAAGGUCAAAGGUGACUUGGUGCUGCAGCUGGUGCCCGAACCUCUUCCUCCUCUGUCCACCUCUAGUCAUGAUGAGGAGCUGGACGUGACCCUUGACCCUGAAUGUGCACCUGAAGAGGAGGAGCCAGAGACCCCAGGCGCUGAAACAGCUGCAGUGUCCUCCGCUCCUCCGGCUGAUCCAGGCAGACAGGCUCUGAGCAGACUGCUGGAGCGCAUCAGGAGACAGAGAGAUCACCGGAGCCGGCAGCUGACCACACGCACACCACUGACCUCACCUGACCCCGACACACAGGACAAGGCCUUGAGUGUGGAAACAGGAUCUUUCAGCAGCCGGGAACAAUCAUCCGAGCAGGAGACGCCCAGCACACACACCACACACACACAGAACGCUCCUGAUGUCAGUGAUGAAGCGGUGCUGGCAGGAACAGUGCUGCGGCCGGACGAGGGCGAGAGGGGCGCACACAUAGACCAGCAGACUCAUGUGGAGGCGCUGUUGAAGCAGCAGAAGGAGCAGCUGGCUCUGCUGGAGGAGCUGGAGGAGAAACGGCGUGAGCUCGAGCAGCGUUUGAGACACUCUCAGCAGACCAGCGCCACACUGCAGGAAGCUGCUCACCGGCAGAGCACUACACUUCCUGAACCGCCUGCAGAGGUGAAGUCUGACGUGACGCAGACUCAGAGACUGCAUCAGUACCAGCAGAGGCUCCUGGAGCAGAACAGACUUCAUAAGAAGUGUGUUGAAGAAGCUCGUCGACGGCUGGAGGAGUAUCAGCACACUCUGAAGCUGCGACACACCAUCAGCAGCACAUCAGCAGCAGUGUCUGUUCCUCUGGAGACUCCAUCUGCCCAGCGUCCUCUCAGCCCUGACGCUCAUGUGCUGCAUCCUGCUGCGUCACAGCAGACACACGCCUCUGGAUCUGAAGCCAGCGCACCGCAGGAUGGACCGGUCUGGUCAGGUCGUCCUCUUCCUCCGCCGUCUGUGGUUCUGGAGCUCCUGCGCAGCCGGCAGCAGCCUGCAUCACGCUCCUCUGAGGUCAGUGGAUCAGUGCGGGCCGAGCAGAUGUGUGUGGAGACACAGAGACAGAGACACUUCCUGCAGGCUCUGAUCACAGCAGACAGACAGGGUUCAGCGUCGAGCUUCAGUGAUGUUCAGACAGACCGGAUCACUUUGAACACUUUGCUAAAUGCCUUUGAGGACGCUAACGGCCACACCGAAACCCUGACGGCACCCAGCCAACGGGACGGAGCCACACACACCACCACAGUCCUCUCAAACGGCUCUGUGUGUGAUCCAGCCCCAGUGCAUCGUGGGCGAGUGAAGCCCCCAGUGUCUCGUCCUCCCGCCCGUUUGGCCUUCUUACAGCAGAUGGAGCAGCAUGAACUCAGUGCUAUACAGGAAGUGGACUCACCGGUCAACAUCAGCCUGGACGCAGAGCUGCAGUCCAGCAGCACGUCUCUGCCCGCCGUCUCCUCUGAAGACGGUCACAGCGGGAGUCCAAGGUCACAGGUCACGGGCAGGAUCAGCCGCAUGUCCUGGAGAGAGACGCUCCUGUGUGACGCCUCAGCCUCAGCGAGUCCGUCCAGCGUGAAUCAGCAGCAAGAGUGUUUGGGUGCUGUGGAUCCAGACUACCUCUCGUCCACUACGAUCUCGACAGGAAGCUACUCCACUAGUGACCGUGAGCCCAGUUAUGUCACUUCAGAAGCGUCUCAUCUCUGCACCGAGCCUGAUGUGUGUGGCCUGUCACCCAAAUCCAGUUCCUGUCACAUGACCACUGACCAGACACAGGAAAUGAGAGACUCUGUGCAGCAGAUCAUAGAUAAAUACAGCCAAGAGCUGAGGGCUUCUCUGAGCCACGCAGGAGCCAGCUCAGGAGCGUCUCAGUCCUGGUCCAGUGCGCUUCAGGAGGAGACGUCAGUGCAGGACGGAGACUCUCAGAGUACAGACACAGCACUGUCCAGCACAGAGCUCUCAGGUGUGUUCCAGCCGCUGCAGCCUCAGCCAGACAUCGACUCUUCCUCUUCAUCAUCUGCAGGUGCAGUGCGAGCUGAUGCGAGCGCUGGAGCACAGGACUGGAGCCAGGCUAUGAACCGGAUCCUGCAGCACCUCUCGGAUCAGUUAUCCAUCAGACGGAGCGAGCAGGAGCCUGGUGACCAGCGCUCGUCUGUGGGGCAGGACCGGACCGCUCACGUCCAGAGCACACACUCCAGAUACACCUCUCCUGAGCCGUCUGUGGUCAGUCAGUUGAUCGGGAGAGCGUCAGAUAUGGGUUCAUCUCAGGUGUUUGACCAGAGCAGUGUCCUCACCCAUGGACCGGAGGAACUGACCCUGAGCACAGCUGCAGGUCCAGCGCUGUGCUUCGCUCCGGUCAGGUCAUCGCUCCAGCCGUCAGAGUCACAGAUGUCUGAUGAUCCACAGGAUGAUGCUUCAGAUCUGUUUCUUCCUCUUCCGUCUGAAGUCACUGCCAAUGAGACGGCAGACUGUUCGAGGGCUGUGUGUGUGCCGCUGGAAGCAGAAGUGUGUGAGACAGAUCAAUCCCUGCAGUAUCUCCGAGUCGAGCCGCUGCUUCAGUCUCAGCCGGACCUGCAGAUCUCCAUGGAUGUGCUCUCUCUUACCCACGAGUCCCUCUGUGACACGGACGCUGUGGCUCCACCCACCGCUGCAGACACGAGCCUCAUGCCACGCUCCCCUCUCAAGACCGCUCUACAGGAAGUGACCUCAGAGCCCGAGCCGCUGCUCCUGACCGAGCUCUUAGAGCGAGCACAGGCGGCGGGAGACGUGAAGGGCAUCCUGGAGGAGUCCACCAUCUCCUUCAUCAGUCUGCCAGAGUCAACCCUGCAGGACCCUGAGCUCUCCCUCACACAGACUCCAGACACAGGAAGUGCUGCGCGGGAGGAGGAGCGCGACGGCCGUGAGGGUGAAUCACCGAGCCGGUCAGAUGGGUCCGAGGCGGUGUUCCCUGGAGCUGUGAUGCUGCUGGAGUUCCAGAGCUCUUCUGCUCCUCAGCAGCGCCGGAGGGAUCGUCUCGCUCAGAGAUCAGCGCUCAGAGCCGCACAGAUCAGAGAGAGAGCGUCCAGAGCCGGCGCACGCACCCAUCCCAAACCACACACAGCUGAGCGACUGAAGAGUGUGUCUGAGGUGCGGAUCAGCUCUGAUGAACACCGACGCCGUGAGGAGGAGAAGAUGUACGACCGCACACACAGAUUGUACAAUCAGUUAGAGGAAGUCAAACAGAAGAAGGAGCUGCGGAGCCGUCAGGAAUCAUACGCUAAGAACCGAGAGAAGGCCAGAGACUUCCAGAAGAAGACUCUGGAGAAACUGAGGGCCAAACUGAACCGCUGAGGUGUUUGCAGAUCCAUUGCUGCUGUUUGUCAUUAGUCUCAAUCAGAUUUUAAAGUGCCAAGCAGUUUUAUUUUUCUGUGUCUGUUUGUUGUGUAUCUAAAAGUAAAAUGUUUUAAUUUAA